AUGAGAUAGAUGCUAAGUUAAAAGUUAUCAGAAAAAUUUUUCGAAGUUUAAUCAGAUCAGCACAUAGGGUCAGCUAAAUCUAACAAAAGAAGAUCGAUGAAGUUUAGCUCACAAUUUGAGACUGAAGAUCAAAAACCUCCAAAAAAUGCUUUGGAUGUUAUAGAUAAUGGAACUCUUGAGGUUUGCGAAGAGCUAGUCGAGUAAAAGAGAUAUGAGUUGUACGCUUAACAACAGAGAGUCUUGCAUUCCGAACGAGAACACUAAGAUAAAAUUAUAGAAAAGCAGAGAAAUUAAAUAGAACUAGAGCAGCUAAACAAAAGCAUAGAGAACAAGAAUUAUACAUUUGAUUAUAAUGGAAAUCUUCUAAUGUAGAAAAACGUUGAUAUUGGUGAGACACAAAACUAUGAGGUGUCAAUAAAGUUUAAGUUCAAAAAUAAGAGAGUAGCUAUGUCUAGGAAUAAGAAAGAGAGACCUUCAAAAGUUCCUUUUGAGGAAAAUCAACUGACAGGUACUUUGGCAUCUGAUUACAACAAACUUGCAAAACUAGUCCAGUAGAAAUAAUUCAUUAUAAAUACGAUAAAUGCUGCAGGAAGUAUGUUCGAUCACUUCAAAGAUCCAAAAGCAGGAAUUAAAAUAGUUGAGAAAGAUAAAGAAAAAUGCUCAUCGAGGGAAUUCGAUAGCCUUCCAGGCAGGAUAUCUAAACGUAAAUACUAGUAAAGAACAUAGGAGGGAAACUUUGUAAGCAGUAAUGCAUAUCCAGACGUCUACGAGUACAUUAAAAGCUAAGAUGGUCAAAAUCUACUACUUUCCGAUCCGCAUAACGGAUAGGAUAACAUUAUUACAAGCCUAAAAAGUGAUGUGAUGAUUCGGAUAGAAGAUGCAAACCACAAGUCUAAGUACAUGGAAGAAGCCAAAUUUUAAUUCAAAAAAGACCAUAAUCAUGAAAACUAGGACUCAACACUAUCAUUUAAUCACAAUAAUGAUAAUCAUCAAGUUAUAAUUACCUCCCCUUAGUCUAUCUCAGAUUUGAUUAACGUUAAAAAGUCUCGCAACUAUCAGAAUCCAACUGCAUUCUUUGGCAAUUAAACCACAAGCGACGUAUAAUCAGGAGAUGCAGAGACUUAGAUAUUCUCAGAAAUCAUUCCAAAAUUUAAAACUAUUAAAGGGGCAAAGCUAAAUAAAGCAAAUAUUAAUUAGACAAUAGGAGAUAGUAUUAGAGAUAAAUUGAGGCAGAAUUUACUUAAAGUAGGUUCUGAUUAUAUGCAGGCUGAAAGAACUUAAAUAACGACUCCAAAUCACAAUCUGAGGAUAAGGGAACCUCUUAAAAUGAAUCCACUUUCACCUCUGAAUCAUCAUCCAGUAAUCAGGCCAUUUUCCAGAGGAGCCUCUUAUAAUAAUGCCAUUCCUGAUCAUUCUUAAUCUCAGAGGACAUUGAAAAGCCACAAGAGAAAUAUAUUUAUCCCUGCUUUAAAGCAAUAGUUAGAUACAUCUGAUACAUUACUAUCUACUUAGGCUUCUAAUAACAAAUUAUUAUCAAAUAGACAACCAAAAACCGAAGGAAGCAGCAUAAACAUUAAUAAUUUGAUUCAGAGUACGAGUCUUAAAAAUUUCACACAAAUAAAGAGUGGACAAGGAAGUGUUUCAACUAGUUUGAAUAGAAACAGUAGUAAUGAUUCUAGAGGUGUUGGAAAAGGGGGACCUAAGGACGUUAGAAAAAUUAAUCUUAGUAAAACAACGAGAUAUAGUCAAAUGGCUGAGAUUCAAAAUGAGUAUGGAAUAAAAGUUAGACAUUCUGAAAAAAUAAGGCAUUGA